UUAAUGACUGGAGUCAGGUAACCCCGGGACAGACCGACUCUAUCCCUCCUCACAGACGGGUUCAGACACGAAGAGAGGCGGUGUGAGAGCAGCUUCACGACACUGUUUCAGUUCGUGUUGUAUCAAUGCCUGGACCUACUCCCUAAAACAAACUUUUUUCGACCUGUUAAAGUUUGACAAACGUAACCACGCGUCGUCCGAUGUUCAUGUUGACGAGCGAAGCAUAGGGAGGCAGCGCUGUGCGGCGGCUACUCAGGUGUUCAACUGUUCCGGAGAGUUUGUGUCGUAUUUUAGCUUUGGGGCUAACUAAAAACUAAUUACGCUGGAAGAAAGACUACUCUCGAUCCUGUUUUCGCUUUUGGUCCUGUGUCCACUUCUCUCGUGUUCCUCUUUCAGUCGAUUGGACCUAUAAAGCAAGUGGCCAAGUUUGAACAGGUGCCAGGAUGGAUGAGACGGAGAAGUACAAACAGCGACUGGAGGCCAUUGCUGAGAAGCGGCGGCUGCAGGAGGAGCAGGACCGAGCGAGGAGAGAGAUGGAAGACGAGAAGCUCAGACUACAGCAGCUCAAGAGGAAGUCUCUGAGGGACCAGUGGUUGAUGGAGGCACCUCCCUUGUCCCCUUCCUCCGCGGACCCCCAGAGCCCCCGCUCCCCCCUUUGGGGCUCCCAGGCCCAGGAGAUUGAAGAGCACAUAGACAGGUUGCAGUCAGAGAGUCAGCGGUUGGCAGAGGAGGAAGAGAAACUGAAUGAACAGAUGGAGGAUGGCCAAACGGAGGCAGUGAAGGUGGCAGAGGCCGCUGUAGAAAUGGUCCGAGGUGCUGUGGUGCACAACGGAGAAAACAAUGCAACAGGAUUGGAUGAAGAAGUAAAGGAAAACCUAAGCACACUGCCCGAUGAACCGGUAGCUAUCAUAACCAAUGGGGGAGGAAACUUGGAACACAUCACUCAGUCCACCACUAAUGGAGCCUCUGAUGGCGAGAUCAGCGUGACAUUUCAGCCUGGGUCGAGCCUGGGUGUUUCUGAGGGAGAGCCCGGACAGGGGAUAAAUGUCAACAACAAUGACGAGGAAGAGGAGGAAGAAGGGAUUCUGGUGAUGAGAGCAGAACGUGUGAUCAUCACAGAUGAAGGGGAAGAUGUACCUGAGGAUCUAACAUCCCAGGACGCUCAGCAGGAGAGCAUUCAGACUCCUCUGCCAAAUGAAGAAGAAUGCAGGGAAACAGAAACUGUCACACAACCAGAGAAGAGUGAGGCAACUACAGAGGCAAACCUAGCAACUGGUGAAGGAGAAGUGCAGGGAAACCAAAAUGGAGAGACAAAAGCAGAAGGACAGGACCAAGAAGACCUGAUCUCAGUGCAGCUGCAGUCCCCAGCCAGCGCUCUAGAGGGCUCCACAGUGGCUUCAGUGCCCGUCUACUCUGAGGGUCAACCCCCCACCCUCACCUUCACCACUGAGGGUGAAGCUGCAAUGUCAGCUGAGGAAGUUGAGGCCGAAAUUAAAGCUCAAGUCCCUGCCACGCUCCUCGGCCAGUUCCAGGAGGUUCCCCUGGCUGGUUCUCGGGAGAACCUGAGAACGGAGGCACCGCCGGGGGAGCAGGAACCUCUUCUAUCGCAGGCCAAAGCCCCUGACCCCCGCAUAGAGCCAGCAGCAGCAGUAGCAGCAGCAGCAGCAGCAGCUGUCAGCACAGAGACACAGAACCCCCCCAGGGCUGGCCAGGGCGAGGAGACCAGAGCACCCAAACACAAAAGCUGCCAGUGCUGCUCGGUCAUGUGAAGAGCUCUUCCUGUGGAUCCCCUCCCUCCAUAAUCAGUCUGUCUUUCUGCUCCUUUAAUUCAUAACACACUCCUUCCCUUGUCUCUUUGUUUAAUUGAUUUCUUUUCAAAUUAGUCCACAAGCCAUUUCCCCUUACCUUCCUCUGUUUUCUGCCCUCAUUCCUUUUAUUCAUCUUGAAUCCCACUCUUGAAUUUGAUGCUCCAAGAGGAAGUGAGCCCUCUCUGAUGUAAACACGGGGGAGAGGUAUGAGCUGGACUAGUCAGUGUUUAAAGUGCCUUUAGCAGCUCUCUACCCAGAACUUUUGAAUUAUCUUCUCAGACACUGUGGACCAAAAUGUGAGCUUUUUUUCCUCUUUUUUUUACACUGAGUUUGAUUGAUUUUUUCCCUAGUUUGCAGAUGAGCCAGCCAAUCUACAUAGGAUCAUAAAACCUCUACAUAUGAAAAAGAAAGUGUUGGAAGCAGGUCAGCAAAAACAGAAUACAUAUGGAUUAUUUUUAAACGGUUGUAUUAGCAUGUCUAAUUCAUUGUUUUUUUUCAUUUAAAUAUGAGAUUUGUCCAAAGAUCCAGAGAGGUUCAGAGAGGACAUUCAUUUAAUUUAAUGCCUUUAAAGCUGAAUUAUUAUUGAUUUUGGUCUUUUAGUAAAGAUAAUUUUAAUCCAAGCAUAGGGCCUGAACAUUUUAUUUAUACAGGUUUUGACAAUAUACAGACUAAUAGUAUGAAAUGGUCUAAUUCCUUAACGGCGUGCACCACUGAAUAUUGUGUGGCACGUUUCAGUUUUAAAAGAGAGUUGCCUGGAAGUAUGAAUUUUGUAUUUUCACCAGAUGUGCUUUUCAAAGAGAGGCUCCAAGGCUCCUGAGAAAGCUCUGUGCAUGAUGUAUAAACUGUAGACAGAAACACGUGGAUUUGAGAGUGUCUGAGCUGUCAGCUUUGAAAUGAUUUGCUGAAUGGUUUAACGAUUAAACUGACAUUUGUGAUA